CAGCACUUAACUUUCAAAAAUAUAUGAAAGUAGUGAGUUAACCUAACUUGCAAAACAACUGUGUUAUACUAGCGUUCAGUUGGAUCGCUGCUGAUCGGAUCGUCUACGGACCGCACAUCAGCAGAUGACAACAACAAAACAGACAGAGCUACUGAGAAGGUGUUAGCGUAGUUAGCUACCUGAGAUAAACAACUGGUGGUUUUGUCCGUAUGUUUCACCAUCUCGGCCGGGGUUUGCCAAAUGAGAUUUUUACAGCAGUAUGGUUAAUCUGUGUAACUAACCAUGGUUGUCAGUUAUUGUAGCCUAGUUUAGUUUAGCUAACGUUAGCUAAGUGGCUUGCUAAGCUAGCUUUAUGUAUAACAAGCUAAAACAGGUUAGCUAGCAAGCUUAGGUGCUAGCUUGUUAGCUAGCCAGCGAGGUGGAGACCAAGAACAGGGAGAUGCGAGCAAAGUGAGCGUGGCCUUGAAUGACUAAAUGAGCAAGAUAGGCAAGUGCGAAGAACUCUGGGAGAUUCAACAUGAAGUUGUAUGUGUUCCAGGUCAACAAUGGCAGCACAUUGACAUUUGACACUGAUCUUGCUGUCCAAACUGUACUGGAGCUUAAACAUGCCAUCCAAGCCAAAUAUAAGAUUGCAGUUCAACAUCAGGUCCUUGUUGUCAAUGGAGGGGAAUGUAUGGCUGCAGAGAGACGUGUCUGCAGCUACAGUGCUGGCACUGAAACCAACCCCAUAUUCCUGUUCAACAAAGAGAUGAUCUUGUGUGAUCGGGAUCCAACGAUCUCCAAAACCACCUUCUCGAUUGAGAGUGAGAUUCAGGUUAAGGUGGAGGAGUCUCUACUGAUGCCAGCUGUCUUUCACACUGUUGCCUCGCGAACACAACUUGCUCUGGAAAUGUUUGAAGUUGCCAAUAAACUUAGCUCUUUCUGUGAACGUUUGGUUCAUGAUGAACACCUUCAACACCAAGGCUGGGCUGCUAUUAUGGCUAAUCUGGACGACUGCACUCUCUCUUAUCAGAAGUUGCUCAUGAAAUUUGACACUGCAUACAUAAAUUAUCAGCGUGACUUGGAAGAAAUUAAGGUGAAACUUACAAAGUUAGGGACAUCAGUUUCUGUAAUGGCCAGGAUACCUCUGCUGGAAUGUUUGACCAGACACAGUUACAGAGAGAGCAUGGAGAAGUCCAGCUCAACCCCAGGAAAGGAUUCAGAUGAGACGGAAGAAGAAAAAUCCACUGACUCUGUUCUCCGCCCUACUGAUGCACAGAGGCCCUCUAAGUUAUCAGCAUCCUUCUCUGCUUCGGGGGCAGCCACGUGUGAGCCAACUGGAGACCAAGAAACAAAUGAAAUGACUGACAGUGGUGGGCUGAGAGCUGCGCUACUAGAUGAUGACACUCCAGAGUUUGCCAACCCGUCCUCCUUCAAUGUCACACUAUUAGACUGGAUCAACGUGCAAGACAGACCCAAUGAUGUGGAAUCAGUUGUGAGGAAAUGCUUUGACUCCAUCAAUCGGCUUGACCCACGGAUCAUUCAGCCCUUCCUGGCAGAUUGUCAUGACACAGUUGCCAAGCUAGAUAAUCAAAACAUGAAAGCCAUUAAGGGGCUUGAGGACAGGUUGUAUGCUCUAGACCAAAUGAUUGCAAGCUGUAAGAAGUUGGUGAAUGAGCAGAAAGAACUUGCUCAGGGAUUUUUGGCCAAUCAGAAGAGGGCUGAAAACCUAAAGGACACAUCUGUUCUGCCUGACUUGUGUCUGAGUCACACCAACCAGCUGAUGAUCAUGCUGAACAACCACAGGAAGCUGCUGGACAUCAAAAAGAAGUGCACCACUGCCAAACAAGAACUUGCAAACAACCUUCAAGUCCGACUCAAAUGGUGCUGCUACGUGAUGCUUCAUGCAGACCAGGAUGGCGAGAAACUUCAGGCUCUACUCAGACUUCUGACAGAGCUAAUGGAAAGAGUGAGGGUGGUGGAGGCCCUCAGUACGGUGCCCCAGAUGUACUGCUUGGCAGUGGUUGAAGUCGUCAGGAGAAAAAUGUUUAUGCGCCACUACAGAGAGUGGGCAUAUGCACUUGUGAAGGACGGGAAACUACUGUACGAGGCAGAGAAGUUCAAAAGGGAAUCCUUUGGGAAACUCUUUAGGAAGUCUUUCCUCAGAAACCGUUUGUUUAGAGGACUUGAUUCAUGGCCUCCAACAUCAUUUUGUACACGAAAGCCCAGAAGGUUUGACGAUGAACUUCCAGACAUCUCCGUUGAGGACCUGCAGUACUUGAAAUCUUGUUGUCCUGUAGAGGUGCAGCCAUUCCUUAUAAAUAUUUUUUUCUCCAGGGUUCCCACAAUGUGUGACUUCGAGCCCUUAAAUCGGCAUGUAGAGACGCUUCACCAGCUGGUCCAAGCUGCACAGAGUGUGGAUGAGAUGUCUAAGACUAUUACUGACCUGCUAAGUGAGCAAAGGGCAUCCUAUAGUCAGAGAUCAACCGUGUUCUCCCCACAGUCUGAAAGCACACCUGGGACCACAACACCGAUGUCCUCCAAAACCCCUUCCUCUCUUAGCCUUCAGGGACCCAGCUGCCAGCCCCUACACGUUCCCGUCCCAGCUCCUCUAGAGGACUUAUCCCCAGACAGCAUAGAUGCACAAACAUUUGACUUCGAAACCAUUGGCCAUCCGAACAUGGAUCCAGUCCUGCAGCAGGGCUCCCUUGACUUGGAUUCUCUAGCAGAAAGCCCUGAAUCUGACUUCAUGUCUGCUGUCAACGAGUUUGUGAUUGAAGAGAACUUGACCUCUCCGAACCCCAUCAGUGACCCUAUUAGCCCAGAAAUGAUGGUGGAGUCGCUGUACUCUUCAGUCAUCAAUGCUAUUGACAGCAAGCGUAUGCAGGAUACCACAACACUAGAGAGGGAGAAUUCAAGGAUCACUGUCCUCAAACAAGUUAUUGACAAGUACCGAUCAGCUGCAGAGGAGUCCCAUUCCAACUUAAGAUGUGUAAAGGAUGACCUCUGUCACUUAAGAGGCCUAGUAUUAAAAGAACAACAUGACUUUGGCUUUGUCUUGAGGAGUGUGACCACAGAGGUGCGCAACAUUGUGGACAACAUCUGCCAGACCCAUGAACUGGAAUUGAAGGAGCAGCAUCAAAAUGAGCUUCUUUCCCUUCGGCAAGAGCUAGAGAAGCAGGUUCAGACACUAACGGAGGAAAACCAAGUAAACCAGAAUAUUGUCAGAGAUGUCCAGCGCGCAAUGUUGGAGCUGGAGGGGCUUAUGGAGCGCAAAGAGAAAGAACUUACUCAGCUCGAGAAUGAGAAAGAACGAUGGAUUGAAACAGAAAGUAACCACACAGAUAGGAUCAAAAACCUGGAGCAAAUGAUCAGUGAUCAAGCUGAAGAGAUCAAGACGCUCUCAGCUUCAAGAGACUCUCUGACCAGCCAGCUUAAGAAUCUGCACUUUGAGAUUGAACGUAGCCAGCAGAAGAUCCGGCAGGAGUUGGAAGUUGUUGAGCAGUCCCACUUAAAGGAGCUGGAGGACAGAAUGAAGCAGGAACACAAGGCAGAACUGGAGACCGUUACCAAGGGUAACCAGGAGGCCCUGGAACAUCUGGCUGCUGAAAAUUGUGCAAAGUUAAUGGAGGCAGCUGAUCACCAUGCCACUGCGCUUAGAGAGAAGGACAACCAAGUUAAGGACCUGGAGGCUCGUAUUACUGAGCUGGCAGAACUCCGCUGCAAACUAGAGGUGGAGCUAGCUCUCAAAGAGACAGAGACAGAAGAGGUGAGACUCUUAUUUGAGGAGGCCAAGAUGCAGCAGGCUGAGACUGUGAAGUCCCAAGUUGAGGCUACGACCAAAGUCCUUAGCGAAGAGCUGGCAAAUUUCAAAAAACAGCUUCAGGUAAAAAAUGAGGAGUAUGAAGUGGACCUAGCAGAGCUGAGGACUCUCAUGAGGAUUGAGAAGGACCACUGCAUCUCAGAGCUGGUGGACAGACACGAGGAGGAGACUAUUUUGUUGCGCAACGAGCUCUCUUCCCUGCAGCAGAAAGCCCAGAAUGCUGAGAGGAACCAUGCUGAGCAGCAACAGAAACUUAAGCAGGAAUUAAACCAGCAUGUGGCUGCUCUAAGUGAAGAAAAAGAAAAGCAGUUGAGGAGUUUCCAAGAACUAGAGCAAGAGUUGAGGACUGUUAUCAGCAAUUUGCAGACAGAUAAUGACCUGCUCUCCAAAAAACUAGAGCAGGACAGACAAGCAAUCGAGAAAGAUUUAGAAAAAGAAGAGGCCUCUAAGGGGGCAUCACCACAUGCUUUUAAAGAGUUAGAGCAGCAAAAGGAGGAGAUGGAGAAGAGACUGUCAGCCAAAAUUAGACAACUUGAGAAUGAGCUUCUUGAGAGAGAAUCCUCAAAAAGUGAUGAAGGGUUGCCACUGCAUGCUGAGGGGUGUGCAGAUGCCGGAGCACCUCUGUCUCUAGACUCAGCACUACAAGAGCGGCUGCAGCAGGAGAGGGCCUCCCUGCAGUCCCAGAUGGAGCUCCUGGAGAAGAAGAAGAAUGAGGAGAUACAGAACCUCAAGACAUCACUAAUCGCAGAGCAGCAGACUAAUUUCAAUACUGUUCUAACCCGAGAGAAGCUGAAGAAGGAGCAGAUCAUCAAUGAGCUCACAGAGAAGUUACGGAAAGUUACCCAACAGCAGGACAAGGACAAAGGUCUGAUAGAGACACUCUCCGAGGACCGAGCUAGUGUCAUGCAGGAGAAGAAACACUUGGAAGAAGAGCUUAACCGCCUGCGCAGCACUGCACUGGUCUCCUCUGCCUUCUUCACUCCUAACCCAUCAGCUCAGGAGGUCACAGAAGCUGGAGCAGGAGCUGCAGCAGCAGCUAGAGCUCUGUCUGUUGCUGGGGCUUUUUCCUCUGAGUCCAUGGCUGAAAGUGAUAGACUGGCCUCUGUGGCAGCCAUUCGAGAUGAUGAACAUGUUGAUUCAGCAGUGGAAGCCAGCAUGGUGACAGUCCAUGAUAACAUCCUGAUGUCAGAGGAGAAACAGCGGAUACUCUUACUUGAGAGGACUUUACACAUGAAGGAAGAAGAAAACAAGCGCCUCAGUCAAAGACUGAUGUCUCAAAGCAUGUCGUCUGUGUCGUCACGGCAUUCAGACAAAAUCGCCAUCAGAGAUUUCCAGGUAGGCGAUUUGGUUCUAAUCAUCCUGGAUGAAAGGCAUGACAACUACGUGCUGUUCACAGUUGGUCCCACCCUCUACUUCCUCCACUCAGAGUCUCUCACUGCACUGGACCUCAAACCAGCAUCAGGGACCUCAAGACGGCCGUGGGUACUUGGAAAGGUGAUGGAGAAGGAAUAUUGCCAGGCAAAAAAGGCCCAGAACAGGUUCAAGGUUCCUUUAGGAACCAAGUUCUACAGAGUGAAAGCUGUUCCAUGGAACAGAAAAGUAUAAUAGCCAAGUAAUGAGCUAAAAUGUAUAUUUAUUUUGCUUAAUUUUUGAACAGAAACUUCACAUCAUAAUUCAUGACUUGAAAAUCGAAAGACCUUAAAAAUGGAAAGAUUUAAUUAUUCUAUUUUCAGUUUCAGUUCAAAAUCCCACCUGCUACCACAUUUUUGUUUUCUUUUAAACCCAGAUUUGUUAUUGUGGACCAAAUGCUAAUAACAUUAUUAGGGCAUUGCCCUAUACACUGGCAUUAUGCCAUUUGACCUGUGUGUAAAAUCGAACAAAAUUUGGAUGUUAAAUAUUAGUUCUCAUUAUCAGCAUUUGUCCUUUGUGGAAAAUACUGUGUCAUCAUCAACAUAAUGAAAUAAAAAUAUACAUUUAUUAUAAAUGUUUAUGGAGGAAUGUUCAUGGCAUGCAUAUUGAUAUAUUUUCUUUGAUUUAUUUAUCCAGAUAAAUGUUGUAGUUGGAAAUGUAGUUAAUGCUGUUUGUUACUCACAAAGCAGUGUGGCCCUCUGUCAAUACUGAAAUGUACAUUAUGGCUGACUGAUGGAAACAGUCGUCUUUGCAAUCCUUGAAAUGCACUUUCAAAAACAAUGCUUUUUGUUGAUUUGAAAAGGGAAGUUAAUUGAGCUGUCAGAACUAAGUAAAUAUAUCAGCACAAACUUCUCACUAUCAUAGAAUAUGGAUAUGUAGAAAGGAAUACUUUGUGACUGUGUUUCAUUAUCAGAAGACAUUGUACAUUACCCAUCAAAUCACACAUGUAACAAUAAAUGACUGUAUUGUAAAAGAUAGAGUUUUGAAACAAUAAAGGAUUGAUCCCAAACAUA